AUGAAGGGAUAUCCUCCAUGGCCAGGAAAAAUAAUAGGCGCUAAAAAACACAGAUUCUAUGUUUACUUUUUUGGUACAGAAAAUUACGGCUGGGUGCAAGUGAAGGAUUUAUAUCCAUAUGAAGAAUUUGUGGAAGUAUUUUCCUUUGGUAUAAAGUUGCCAGCCCUCAAAAGAGCUGUAGCAGAUAUUAUUAAAUGUUAUGAUGAAGAAAGGACUAGUAGUGACGAAAUUGAUGACGAUAUACCGCUGAGCCAAGUCGUGUCAUCUGUCUCAGAUGAAGAUGUACCAUUAAGUUCUUUUGUCCAAAAUGAAACUGAUAACUUUCAAAGUAAUUCUAAAGUUCAGCAGUCUGAUGAAAUGCGAUAUGUGCUAGAUAGGGGUACGGGUACCUGUAAACUGGCACGUGUAAAACACACCAAAAGAGUCUCGUACGAAAAUGAAGAUCAUAGAUAUAUAAUCUCUGUUUCAAUUAAUGAUGAGGUCGCCAUUAAGAGUUUGAUUCCUAAAGAAUUGAUAGUUUGUCUCGAUCGUUGUGAUAAAUGA